AUGGCUGAGUCUCCCCCAGCUGAGCAGCUGGAAUCUUUUCUGGACACCACAGUGCAGACGAGUACAGCUGAGGCAGCUGGAGAAUUUAUCUUACGCUACUGGGCAGAGAUUCUCUCUCUGGUCAUUGCCCUGGUCGGGCUGGUGGGGAACAGCAUCGUCCUGUGGCUGCUGGGCUUCCGCACCCGGAGGAGCCCCUUCUCUGUCUACAUCCUCAACCUGGCCGCGGCCGACGCCCUCUUCCUUGGUAGCUACUUUGUGUUGUGCAUGUGGAGAAUUGUUGGAGAUUUUGACUUUGUCAUCCUGAUGCUGCUGUGGCUCUGCCUCCUAGGUCUGUCCUACCGUGUGGGUCUGAGCCUGCUGGCUGCAAUCAGCACCGAGCGCUGUCUCUCUGUGCUCUUCCCCCUCUGGUACAGAUGUCACCGGCCCAAGCACACGUCUGUGGCUGUGUGCUCCAUCCUAUGGGCUCUGCAGGGCCUGUUCUGGGGAGUACUUGUGGCUCUUUAUUUCCUUAACAAGGACCAAUUCUACAAUUAUUUCUACUCCUUCCUGCCUUUUGUCCAGUUUGUUUGGUUCCUCCUCCUCACCUGUGUGCUGGGCGUGUCCAGCCUGACGCUGGUGCUGAGGGUCCAGUGCAGCUCCCAGCGCAGGCGCCCACCCAGGCUCUACCUCCUGGUGCUGCUCACAGUCCUCGUGUUCCUGCUCUGCGGCCUGCCCUGGGGCAUUGUUGAUGCAGUUCGGUUUUUAUAUGGCUUCUAUGUAAUUCCUUUUGGGCUCACCAGGCUCCUGGCCUGUGUGAACAGCAGCGCAAACCCUUUCAUUUACUUCUUCCUGGGCAGCCAAUGGUGUAGAAGAGGGAGGGAGCCGCUCAGGGUGGUCCUGCAGAGGGCCCUGGGGGAGGAGCAGGUGGGAGGGGAUGGGGGGAGGGGCACGUCCCACCCCAACACUGUGGAUAAAUUAUCCUGA